UCAUCUCCUCUCUCCCUUCUCCGGCCUUCUCCAUCCUUUUCGAAAAGUAAAAAAAGAAACCCCAAACUCAGUCCGCGGAGCCACCACCACCUUUCCGCCGCUCUUUCGCGCACGCCGGCCCGCCGACCGAGACCCUCCUCACUCAGACCCGCCCCCCUAACCCUCCGCCCGCCCGCCCGCAUGGCCGCCGAUCGCCGGGCCGGCAUCUGAUCGGGCGGCGGGAUGAGGGAGCUGGCCGGGAGCCCCGGGUCGUGCAGCGGCCUGGCGCUGCGGCUGGGCCAGUUCCUCUUCGCCGCCGGGUCCGUCUGCGUCAUGGCCUCCGCGGCCGGCUUCGCCAACUACACCGCCUUCUGCUACUUGAUUGCGUCAAUGGGACUACAAGCACUCUGGAGCUUAGGACUUGCGUGUCUUGAUGGCUAUGCUUUGAGAAUGAAAAAAGAUCUCCAGAGUUCUGUUCUUGUGAGCUUAUUUGUUGUUGGCGAUUGGGUAACGUCGAUCCUUUCGUUCGCUGCUUCAUGCUCUGCGGGAGGCGUUGUUGUUCUCUUCGAUAGGGAUGCAUUCUUCUGCAGCAGGGAUCCACACCUCCCCUGUGGGGCAUUUGAGCUCGCCACAGCGUUUGCUUUCCUUUCUUGGGCGCUUAGCGCUACAUCUGCCCUUGUAAUGUUUUGGCUCCUCGCUUCACCUUGAAUAGGUCUGUAUGAAGCUCCAUGUGUGCCUAGUGCUGUUUGGUCCGUCCGGUUGUAUACCAACUGUUUUUCGAAGCAGACUACAUAGAAAAAGACUGCAUAUUUCAGAGAUGUGCAACUGCGGCAAGUUUCAUGAACUCUUAUCUCUCUAGGAAUUAAGUGAAUGGAACAUGGGUGGGAAAA